GUGCACUGAGGCGUGUUUUUCAAGGUAAAUAUUCUUUUUCCAACAUGAAAUAGGUCUUUGUUGUUUGCCGAGAGGUAAAGAGGCGGAAAAGUGAGGAGGAUCUGAACUGGUUUCCAUGUCAAACACUUCAAUUCACCAUAGAAACUCAGAUCUUAACGCGGAAACUUUAUUAAACUGUGAUGGUGGAUUGAUAAGGGCCGAAUUUCUAUCGGCCUCUUUUUAUUGUGGGCACCAGGCGGGCUGACAGAGGUAAAUUGCUCUUUUAAUUAAAGCAAUGCACCAGGGGAAAUUGCUGUCUGAAUAUUGUCUCAGAGAUGGGGGCCAGUGACAGUUGCCUGGAAACUUCAAUCUGUCCACCCGCAUUUAUUCCAGAUCACAGUUAUGAGAUAAAGUUUAAUAAAAAUCUUUUCCUCCGCCACCAACGAAAUGAAAUCCAACCCUUUCUGAACAAGUGAACACAAUGAGACAGGACUGCGGAGGAAACCUCAUGUUCAACAUGUAUCUCUCAGAUCCAACAGAAAACCUGUUGAAAGAAAGCAAAGGAACAUCCUGGGGUCCAAUAAAUACAGGAGUACAAAAAGGCAGCGGACAGAUCCAGCUGUGGCAGUUCCUGCUGGAGCUGCUCUCUGACAGCACCAACAUGUCCUGCAUCGCCUGGGAGGGAACCAACGGAGAGUUCAAGCUCAUCGACCCGGACGAGGUGGCCCGGCGCUGGGGGGAGCGCAAAAGCAAACCCAACAUGAACUACGACAAGCUGAGCCGGGCGCUGCGCUACUACUACGACAAAAACAUCAUGACCAAAGUCCACGGCAAGAGAUAUGCCUACAAAUUCGAUUUCCACGGCUUGGCGCAGGUGUGCCAGCCGUCUACCACGGAGCAGGCCAUCUACAAGUUCCAGGGCAACUUCUCCCCGAUCCCGUUCUCCGGUAUCUCCAAACUGAACCUCGUUGCUCCCGGCGUGGGCCCCUCGGGUUUCUCCUACUGGCCCGGUUCCCCUCCGGCCGCUCUCUACCACAGCCACAAUCUACAGCCUCCGGGGCCCUUUGGCACCGUGUCUCCGUCCCACAUCAGCUGCGUCAACAACAUCAACAGCCUGAGCAACAUCAAUAACCACUACAACUGACUCUUAGUGCGCAUUUUAGACUAACUGGAAAACUCGAGACACCACAGUAAUGAAAGAGGAGAGAUGACGACAAGGACAAAAAAAAGGUCAGCAGGUAUGAUUUAGGCAAAAAAUUGGCUUGAGUUGGUUCGAAAUGAACCAAACCACGUUUUUAAACUUGCAUGACCUUCAAACAGAGAUAAGACUGGAGCUACGGUUUUAUGGAAGCAAGACGUAGAAAACGUGUACUUAAAAAAUAUUUGUUUUUUCUGUUUGUUGUUUUAACCUACUGGUACUUUUCACGAGCAAAAUAUUAAAUCCAUCCAGAGGGCCAGUCAAAUUACACACAGUGAAACCACUGUGCGUAAAAGAAAACACGCAUUGUUUAAACAGUUAAAUUAAUUUAGCCAUAAUUUUAUCAUAAAUUAUCAAUUUUAAUUGGAGAUAAACAUUUACAUCAGGAGAGUUUUUUGGGGUGUGUGUAUAUAUAUAUAUAUAUAUAUAUAUAUAUAUA